CAUUAUGACAGAUGACAGUUCGUAUUAUUCUGCUUUAUUAAUUAUAUUUCCUCAUUAAUUUCGAUAUAUUUACUAUAUUUUCCCGUUAAUAUAACUGAUUGAAAUAUAGUUUUAUAAUGUGACUAAAAAUAACUCUAAUUAUGAUCAGUAUAAAAACUUGAAUAAUGUUUAUCACUGGUGGGCGAGGUUUUUAAUUUUGAGAGUAUAAAGAAGAUAUUGGAAGAAUGACUUCUAUAUUUGAUCAAUAUGAACAGGCUUCUUUGAGGUCGAAGCAAAAUAUUCCACCUUCGAUAAAACCAGAAAUCAGUUCAACAGGUUUAAUUCAAAUGAAGCUUACGGAUGAUGGGCCGAUUUUUACCAAACAGAAAGUUAAUUUUAUGCCUUCUGAUAGAAUUUUAUAUUUAAGCGUUAGCAAUAAUUUUAUUGUUAUUGCUAUGGCUAAUAAUAUUCUUCUUCGAAUUGAUAUGAAGCAUCCGGAUAAACCAGAAGAAAUUAAUAUUUCGAAAUAUAUUGGUAAUUUAAGAUUAUCUGGAUUGUAUCUCGAUCCAUUGGGUCAGCAUUUAUUAGUUAGUACGAAAACGAAACAAGGAGACACAUCGUUACCGGAAUUGUUUUAUUUACAUCGAAAAACGACAAAAUUGAAACAGGCGGCAAAAUGUCGAGGACACGAAAUUACGGCUGUGGCUUGGAAUUUCUCCAAUACUUCGGAAACAAAUUCGGGACCAAUUUUACUUGGAACUUCAAGGGGAUUAAUUUUUGAGACAGAAAUUGGUUUAGAGGGAGAAAAGAUUUUUGCAACUAAUUUAGAACAGUACUGGCGACAACUUCCUAAUUAUCUACCUCUUUAUGGUUCAAAAGAGGUAGAGGGAUUGAUUUUUGACAUUGGAAAAGAUAGUAAACCACCAAUUACUGGCUUAGAAUUUCACAAGAUUCCAAAUACUGAUAAAUAUUUUAUUAUUGUCACGACGUUGAUUCGAAUUUAUCAAUAUAUUGGAUCAGUGGCGAAUCCUGACGAGAAACCAUUGCUUCAACAAGUCUUUAGUAAAUAUUUAAAUACAAAAGAAAGUUUCAAUCAAUUAGAAAGUUCUCUGGGUUAUUCAAGAAUGCAAUUUUUCUAUCCAGCUCCGAGAGUUGUACCUAAAUCGUUUGGUUGGUUGACAGAAUCUGGAAUUUUGUAUGCACAGGUCGAUCCAUGGUCUGAUCCAGAAAACGUAUUGAUGAAUCAACAAUUGCUACCAUGUCCGGAAGCAAAUCUUUUGAGUGGAAAUUCAGCGCAAUUGCCACCGAAAGCUCCAUUGUCCUUUGUCUUGACGGAAUUUCACGCACUUCUUCUCUACGUUGAUCACGUCAAAGGAAUUUCGAUUUUAAAUCAGGAACUUAUUUUCGAGGACAUGUAUAAUGAUGCUUUUGGAAAAUUAAUUAACAUCACCAGAGAUCCAAUCACGGGUUCAAUUUGGGCCUAUAGUGAACGAGCCGUUUUCAAAUACAAAGUGACGAAGGAAGAUCGAAACGUUUGGCAGGUGUACGUUGAAAAAGGCGAAUUCGAACUGGCCAAAAUUUAUUGCAAGGAUAAUCCAAUACAUCGCGAUCAAGUUCUCGUGAAAAAAGCUGAAAUGCUUUUUAAAAAUAAGAAAUACGAAGAAAGCGCCUUAAUUUAUGCCGAAACUUAUUCCUCCUUCGAAGAAAUAUCUUUGAAAUUUUUACAAGAGCGAGAGACAAAGGCCCUGAAAUCAUUUUUGGAAGCUAAAUUGAAGAGUUUGAAGUCCCAGGACAAAACCCAGACGACAAUGAUUGUCGUGUGGGUGGUGGAAUUAUUUAUGAAUGAAAUGGGUGUUUUACGAAGUGAUCAAAAUUUUCAACAACACAAAUCUCAAUAUGAAGAAUUACAAAAGCAAUUUGAGAAUUUUUUGAAAAUACCAAAAGUCGAGGAAUGCAUAAGAAAGAAUCGCAGUACAAUUUGUAAUUUAAUGGCGAGUCAUGGUGAUAAGGAUAAUCUUAUUAAUCUAACAGUGAUGCAUCGUAAUUACGAGGAAGUAAUUAGACAACAUUUGUAUAAAAAUAAUUAUUUGGAGGCUCUCGAGGUAUUAAAGAAGCAAGGAAAUAAGGAAUUAUUUUAUCAAUUUGCGGGUACACUUCUACAAGAAUUACCAAAACCGACAGUGCAAGCUUUAAUUUCUCAAGGAUCGAAUUUGCAAUCUUCGAAACUUUUACCUGCAUUAGUUUCUUGUAAUAGUGACGAGAAGCAUGCACAGCAAAUAAUUAUGUAUCUCGAGUCUUGUAUUUACAAUCAAAGUUGUGAAGAACAGGCGAUACACAAUUUUCUAUUAUCUCUUUAUGCUCGAUAUAAGAAGAGUGAAGUUAUGCGUUAUAUUAGUUCUCAAGGUCAAGACGUAAGCAUGGUUCAUUAUGAUGUUCAUUAUGCUUUGAGAUUAUGUCAAGAAGCAGGUUUGACCGAGGCCUGCGUUCAAUUGUCAGCCUUAUUAGGUUUAUGGACCACUGCAGUUGAUUUGGCUCUCACGAUAAGCGUUGAUCUCGCUAAACAAAUCGCCGGUGUUCCUUUACAUCAUGACGACGUGGAAUUGAGGAAAAAAUUGUGGCUUAAAAUUGCUGAGCACGUAGUGAGAGAACGGGAUGAUAUAAAAGAGGCUAUGAAGUUUCUUCAACAAUGUGAUUUAGUUAGGAUAGAAGAUAUUUUACCAUUCUUUUCCGAUUUUGUGACCAUUGACCAUUUUAAAGAAGCGAUCUGCAACUCUCUUCAGGAAUACAAUCAGCAUAUUCAGGAUCUCAAGGAAGAAAUGGAAGAAGCGACAAAAUCGGCUGAGAUUAUUCGCAAGGAUAUUCAAGGCUUUAGAACUAGAUGUACUUUUGUUCACGCAAAAGAUAUGUGCAAUACUUGUGAUGGUCAACUUUUGAUGAGACCGUUUUACGUUUUUCCCUGUGGACAUAGAUUUCACAGUGAUUGUCUAGUCGCUGCAUUAACGCCAUUGUUGUCAAUUGAACAACAAACAAAAUUGGCCGAUCUUCAGAAACAAUUAAUUUCAGUAUCGGGCAAAUCGGAUGAAACUGUUUCAACUGAUGGAUCGGCAUCAUUAUCAACGAAAGAUCAAAUAAAAGCUGAUAUUGAUGAUUUAAUAGCCAGCGAAUGUUUAUAUUGUGGAGAUUUAAUGAUCGAAUCGAUCGAUAAGCCUUUUAUUGAGGAAGAAGAUUAUGAGCGAGUUAUGAAAGAAUGGGCAUAAAAUCAAUCCUUUUCCUUUCAAGGCGUUAGAAUUAAGAAGAUUAUUUAAAGAAAUCAGAAUUUAUGAUUAAUAUGAACAAAAUUAUUUACUGUAAAUAAUGUGUUUUGUGGAGAAUCGAGAAUCGCAGAUAAUUUAAAUCAGAAGCAUUGUUUUGCUAUCUUUUUUAUAUUAUUUUGUACAGGUAAGUUGUUAUUUUGUAAAUUGGUAGAAUAGAAAUAAAAACAAUGUGUAUAGAAAAUAAAAUUUUAAUGAAAUAGAAAA